AUGGGGUCCCUAGUCGAUCGCAACUCCGCGUUGAGAGAUGGCAUCUCGAUCACGGCUGUGGUGGACGAAGUAGCCCCGAAGCCCGAGCUUGCCAACGUUGAGGGUUCCUGUAGCUCGUCUAUCUCUACCCCGGAACCGGAUGUAGAGGUUGUUCCCCAGGACCAAGCCCAACGGCAGAAGCGGAAAGGCGGAAGGAAACCGAUCUAUGCUACCUCGGAGGAGCGUAAACAACGGAACCGACAGGCCCAGGCGGCAUUUCGGGAGCGCAGAACGGAAUAUAUCAAGCAGCUGGAAGCCACUAUCAAGCUGAAUGAAGAUACGCUCCGCACGUUGCAGCAGAGCCAUCGUAGUGCGGCCGACGAGUGCUUGAUGCUCCGGUAUAAAAAUUCGCUAUUGGAGCGGAUUCUACUGGAAAAAGCCCGAAUCUCCCACCGGCACGAUUAUCAGGGCACCAGCCUCACCGUCCGUCACCUCUGUGUCAGUCGACAUUCAAUCGACAAUCAGCACAUCAACCGCAGAUGGGGGUUGUACAAAGAUCCACUCCAGCCGGGAUUCCCAAUCGUGAGGGGGCUUACAAUGCGCAUUCUCCCCAAGUACAACAACUCACCCCCGCAUCCCAUGUCUCUCCUUCUCCCGCUGCUUCCAAUUCCUCCAGUUUCGCCUUACAAACAGGCAUGUCCCCAGCUGGAACGGAAAUGCACUCUCAGUCACAACAUAAAGCUCGAUACCCUCGGGCGCCAGUAUUACCCCAACCCGGAGGUUUCGGUCAAGGGACGCAUGCUGCCUUGA